CACAGAGCGGUCAGCCAGAGCAGUCAGUCACUGACCCAAGCUGCCGAUUUAAAAACCAGCUGCAUAUUAAAUUUAGGCCGAGAGGAGGGAGAUAAACCUCCUCCUUUAAUUUCCAGUUCUCAAAACAGAAAGUGAUUCCAGUGUGACAGGAAGGCAGAGAAGUCAAGCUCUUAUCCUUCCGCAGUAAUCAUGCUGCUUCUGGAUGAAUCCGAGUCUUUCUCAGACCAGUCCCACAGCGCCCCCUUCAGCUCGGAGAAUGAAGCUCAGGGUGGCAAUCCCGCUGUGUGGCAGUGCACCCCUCCUCCAUCUACCUCGCCUUCGGCGGAGACGCCGCACCACCCACCCACCUCGCAGUCCUUGUCCAGACCCCACUCUAGGCCGGCAAGCCAAAGCCACGCCCCUCCCUCCGCCCUGACGGAAACCAAGAAGAGGAACUCCAAGCCGGCUCACAUGAGACGAAACAUCAGGAAAUUGUUGAGGGAACAUCAGUUAGACGCAGUGACCAAAGUCGCCCAGCAGGAGGAGCUAGAGCGAAGGCAACGUCUGGAAGAUCAAAGGAAGCAGGAUUUUCCUCUACCUCUACUGCCUGAAUACACAACCGUUUUUGACUUACAUGUUGCAUUCUUCCUGUCCCUUUCCUCAGGCGAUGUCACUCAGCAUGUGCCCUCAUCGUCUGCAUCAGUGUCAUUCCAGCAAAAAGUAAAGUCCACCAGACAGGAUGAGAUAUGCCUGGAGUCCAGCAGCACGAGUAUCGGCGCAGAUAAAUGCAAGACUGACACACUCACCUCUGCAGCAACAGCGCAAACACAAAAAGCAGAAAUAAUAGAUUUGAGGACAGAUGGCUAUGACACUGUUGUUCAAGUCUCCAAAGAGGAAGAGGAGAGUGAGCCUAGUGGUGCACAUGCCAACGAUACCCAGAACCAACCAGACGCCCAAGGCAGGGUUCUCGUCAACCUCAACCAUCCAGAGGCAGAUGAGGAUAUUUUCCUGUCACCACAGCUGGCGCAAGCAGUCAAACCUCACCAGAUCGGUGGGAUACGUUUCCUGUACGACAACUUGGUGGAGUCCCUGGAGCUCUUCAGCAACAGCAGCGGAUUCGGCUGCAUCCUGGCCCACAGCAUGGGCUUAGGCAAAACGCUUCAGGUCAUCUCCUUCAUCGACGUCUUGUUCAGGCACACUCAAACUCACACUGUGCUCGCCAUCGUACCGGUGAAUACACUGCAGAACUGGCUGUCAGAGUUCAACACAUGGGUCCCUCCUCCUGAAGCAUUACCUUCAGACACCAAUCCUUCAUUGGUCACACCUCGUGCAUUUAAAGUUCACAUCCUCAAUGAUGAACACAAAAACACAGCAUCUAGGGCCAAGGUGGUGGAGGACUGGUCUCGGGAUGGUGGUGUCCUGCUGAUGGGUUAUGAAAUGUACCGUCUCCUAUCUUUGAAGAAGAGCUUUGUGGCCGGGCGGAAGAAGAGGAGCAAAAAAACUGGAGGACCUGAUAUCAUAAACCUGGAUGAAGAAGACAGACAGCAGCAACUCCUAAAAGGGGUUGAGAAAGCCCUUUCCCGACCCGGUCCAGAUGUGGUGAUCUGUGAUGAAGGACAUCGCAUUAAGAACUGCCACGCCAGCACGUCUCAGGCCCUGAAGAACAUACGAACCCGGCGGCGUGUAGUUUUGACCGGCUACCCGCUCCAGAACAAUCUCAUCGAGUACUGGUGCAUGGUCGACUUUGUCCGACCCGACUUUCUAGGAACAAGACAGGAGUUCAGCAACAUGUUUGAGCGCCCCAUCCUCAAUGGACAGUGUGUGGACAGCACACCUCAAGACGUCCAGCUGAUGAGGUACAGGAGCCACGUCCUCCACAGCCUGCUGGAAGGCUUUGUGCAGAGACGAGGCCACGAUGUCUUGAGGGACCAACUUCCCUCUAAGGACGAACAUGUGAUCCUGGUGCGUCUGUCUCCCCUGCAGAGGGCUCUCUACACUGAGUUCAUGAACCGCUUCAGAGAGGCAGGGAACACCGGCUGGCUCAGCCUUAACCCCCUGAAAGCUUUUUGUGUCUGCUGCAAGAUUUGGAAUCACCCAGACGUGCUAUAUGAAGCUUUGCAGAAAGAAAACCUGGCAAGUGAGCAGGAUUUGGACCUUGACGACAUCACAUCCACUUCACAGGGCAGAUGUCCGACGGCAGCACCGGCUCCAAAGUCAAAGAGUUUGGACAACCCAGAUCCAAUCUGUGGGCUGAGUCUGAACCAGCUGCAGGAAAAAGCCAAUCAGGUCAUCACGUAUGAGUGGGCGAAAGAACUGAUGUGUGACUACAAGCCUGGCAUCCUGGAGAACUCAGCAAAAAUGGUGCUGCUGUUCCACCUGAUAGAGGAAUGUGUCAGGAAGGGAGACAAAAUCCUUGUGUUCAGUCAAAGUCUGUCCACUCUCACUGUGAUCGAGGAUUUCUUGACCAAGAGACCAGUGCCUCCUUCACCAUAUCCAAUCGACAAAGACCGACCCAACCAGAACUGGGUCCGCAAUCUCAACUACUACAGACUGGAUGGAAGCACGACAGCUUCAGAGAGAGAAAGACUGAUAAAUCAGUUCAAUGACCCAGCCAAUACCUCAGCCUGGGUUUUCCUACUUUCAACCAGGGCUGGUUGUCUGGGUGUGAACCUGAUUGGAGCGAACCGAGUGGUAGUGUUUGACGCCUCCUGGAACCCCUGCCAUGACGCCCAGGCUGUGUGUCGCGUGUACCGCUACGGACAGAGAAAACCGUGUCACAUCUACCGCCUGGUGUGCGACUUCACUCUGGAGAAAAAGAUUUAUGAUCGUCAAAUCUCCAAGCAGGGAAUGUCUGACCGUGUUGUGGACGACCUGAACCCUGUGCUGAAUUUCACCAGGCGGGAAGUGGAGUCCCUUCUUCACUUCGUGGAGGAGGAACCGGAUCCAUCCCAGGUCCGGCUGCUGCCCGGAGAGAUCAUGGAGAGCGUUCUGCAGAGAGCUCUGCAUCGCUACUCCCACCUUAUCACCAAGCAACCCUUCCCCCAUGAGUCCCUCCUGAUAGACCGCAGGGAGCUGAAACUGAGCAGCGCUGAGAAGAAAGCCGCCAAGAAGGGCUACGAGGAGGAGAAGAGGGCAUCUGUGCCGUACACACGCCCGUCCUACGCUCACUAUUACCCUGCCAGUGAUCAGAGCCUCACCAACAUCCCUGCUUUCAGCCAGAGGAACUGGCGCCCUCCCACUCAUACAGAGGAGAAACCAGUGGCAAGCGUCCGGCCAGUUCAAUCUGCAUCAGCUCCCAUGAUGCCCCGCCAUGUGGCUGUGGGUUCAGCCCCAGACCGCGGCUCCUCUUCAUCCAGCCUUGGAGGCUUCCCUGUUAACUGCCUGCAAAAAGCUGGAGUUUUUGUGCAAAAGAUCGUCACCACUUCUGACAUAGUGAUUCCAGGCACCAACAGCUCAACAGACGUUCAGGCGAGGAUCAACGCCGGAGAAAGUAUUCAUGUUAUCAGAGGCACAAAAGGGACAUACAUCAGGACAUCUGACGGCCGAAUCUUUGCCAUUAGAGCAGCUAACAAGGCUAAGACCAUGGAUGAGAGUGUCACAGCGCCUCCCAAAGACUUGAAGACUCCAACUCAGGAAGUUUCCUCCGGUGGCAGCAAUGGUUGCGUAUCCCCUGACAGGAAACCGAAGGUACCCUCCAAAGCUGUGCCCCGCCCUCUUUCCCCCGACAGCCCAGAGAUCAUCAGCGAGCUGCAGCGCUACACGGCCGGCUCGGGGUCUGGCGCCACAGACGGAGAAGCUGAGAGCCGCACGAACACCUCGCGUUCUAGCAAGCUGCUUCAGAAAAAUUGUGGCAGCACUUACCCUGGGGAAGCCUCGAGCCACCAUGAUGCCUCAGUUACUAAUGUAACCCAGCCAAACACAGACACCUGCAUUCCCCAGGAUUUGAGAAUAGGCAGCAAGCGUAAAGCCCCCAGCCCAUCGAUGGAGGAGCGAGCCGGGAAGCAGCCGUAUGAAGGAAAACACUCCUCAUCUUCGCCAGGGUUUCCGUUCUCUGGGGGCUACGGCCUUCCCCCGAUGGGUCUCAACUCGGCCAUGUUGGGCGGUUCAGUGGGGCACCCCCUCUUCAUGGGCUCAAGCUCGCACUACUUCCAGCCACCCAACAGCCAGCUGGGCGACCCCACUUACAUGUACCGAGACGUGUUUGGCUUGACCAGAGCCAGCGCCGCCCCCUCUCCCUCAUCUCAGUCAAGCACAGUCACGACUUCUGCCUCGUCAUGUCCCUCUACGUCAGUCAGCGCCGCCGGUUCUCUUCCGGGAGCCCUCCCGCAGUACAUGUUGGGCCCCAGCAUGGCCGGGAUGCUCCCGCCAGGCUUUCCUCUGUCAUACAGUCCGUCUCUGGCCGGCCUGUACUCUGGGUCAAUGCUGCCAGGUCCAGCUGCCACCCCGGGUCCUGCCGGAGCCAGUUUCCUCUCUCAGUACCCCCAAACUGCAGCCUCAAGCUCCUCCUCCUCCUCCCCCUCCUCGUUUUCCCCUUCAGCGCGCUCAGAAAGCCUCCGCGCCCCGGUUCUGGUGAAUGGCGGGGAGGCCAGUGGCGGCAGUAGCUCUGAUGAUGAUGAUGAUGAUGUAAUUGAGAUGGUGGGACAGUAAGACAACUUUCAGGUCGACGUGUUAGUCAGACUGCAAUGUCCUCUGAGGGAGGAUGGACAAAGAAUUAAGGAACGUUAAGGUCUAAAAUCUUCAUUUUGGUCACCUGUAUUGCCUUGGAGGAACAACCUGAAGGGUGACUGAAUUAGACCAGACACUCAGUGGCAAAUAUCAGAAUGUGAAGCAUUUAAAAAGAUCCCGAGGGGACAAAAGGGGAGGGAUUUUAAAUUCUAUGGACUUUGAGCUUCCAGAUUUGUUUGUCCAAUCCUGGUAUUAAAAAGCUCAUCACUGGACUGAGAACUGCUGAGUGUGAGCCUGUAGUGACCACAAACGGCCAUUAGUUGAACUGUCAACGUUAGAGAUUCUACAGUAGUUCUGCAGCUUUGCAAUAUGUGAAGACUCUGUGCUUACAGCUAAUCAAAAAGGCAGCCAGAUGCUGGAGGUUCUUUUUGUGUGGUAGUUGAGGUUUUCGUUAAGUGAGGUAUCGUUAAAAAGUUCUCCCUUUUUUUUGGUAUAUUUAAAUAAAUGCAAAUCAGUUGAACCCAAAGCCUGACGCUAACAGCUAAUCUGUCAAGAGCCUUAGAACAACUGUGCUCUAUCACAGCUGUCCAUGUGAAGGCUCUUUUAUGAGUGUAAACCAUCAUCGCGUUUGCUUUUGGCUGGAAUUUACACAGACGCUGAUGAUUACAGAAACAGGAAAUUGAGGUUGGGGGCUGUGCGCCACCAGUGAUCUUCUCAUGUGAAACGCACACUGAAAAUGGAACAUUAAAGUGUCUGCAGUCAGUCAUAUUUUGAUAUUAAAAUUCAGAUUUUCAAGAAGAAAAAUGUAAUUGGAGUUUAAGUGGACAUUAUUUUAUAAAUUUUUGCACUGCCUUACCACGCUUAUUAGGCAGUUACUCAGUCCAAAAACGUGUGCUUUCUCCUCUGUUGCCACUCCGCCUCCUGUUACCAAUCCCUGUGUAAAUAAUUAGCGUCUUCUUUCUCAACAUCAUCACCAAGUUUACGUUCUAGAGGAUGAAGCUUUGGCAAUUGCAGUUAUUUUAAGAUGGUGGAAGUCUGCUUUGGUCUAUACAUUAGCUUUAGCCUUUAGCUCAAGCUAAUCAGGAUUUUGACUAAAUGAAGACACCAAAGUUAGCCGAGGCAGUCGGAGUCUAACUGCUUAAAACAUCAUAUCAGAGCCUCACUUUGAAAAUCCUAAGCUAUCCCAUUAAAGACAAAGGUCCUUCUAGCUGAGGUAGCUUGUAGUAAAUGUGUUCAGUAACUGAAAGUUUUGUCACUUGUUGAAUACUGCUACUGAAUAUUUCCUUGGAUAUCGAAAGAAAAUAGCUAAAGAUAUCAAACCAAACUCAGAAAAACAAAAGACAAAAAAAAAAGGAUUGUCGAGCUUAAUAUUUCACUGCCGGGGCAGGAUGUCUUGUAUUUUUUUCUUUUUAAAGGGUGAAAUGAUGUGUCAUCUUAAGGCUUGAUGAGGUUUGAAAACAUUUUUCUGAAACUUAAAAGCUCCAAUGAAAUAAGAAUGUACGAAUAAUCAAAUGCCUUCAUAAGAUUCCUUCUAUUUAGGCGUGGGGUGUGGGAUGAUUUUCUUUUUCUUCUUUUUAUUAAUGUGUACUGUAUUUUUAUGUAAUCUACUUUUACAAAAAAACAAAAACAAACAGGUGAUUGCCUAAAAAGGCAGGUGAAAAAAAAAAAAAGCUAAUGAGGUGUCAUCCUUGUAGCGGAGAAACGACCAACAGAAGAUGCCUUUAUUUGCCUUCCAUCUUUCUGAAUGUUAGCUGUGAGAAAGAAGAGGUAAGGGGAGACUGAAUCUCACCCACAGUCUUACUGUAGCCUAGUGAAAACGAUGCAAAACACUCACUAAAGCCUAUACAUACUGAUACAACCCUAGGGGGCGCUGAGCUUCACAGCCCCGCCGCCCCCUCAAAGCUUUGGUUACGCUCGUGUUGUUACUGUGUUUGUGUCGGCGCCUUGUCUUUCGAAAGGUUACAAAAGGAAUCAUUUUCAAGGAGUGAAAAAUGCAAACUUCCGACGUCGAUUCAUGCUUUCACUCUGCUGCUUUGUUUUGUUCUUUUCCCCACUCAUUGUCUGUCUCUGUCUUGCUCUGUGAGCAGAGUUGAAAUGUUAAACCAAACAUCUUUUUGGAGAUAUCGUGUGGCUUUUCCCUAAAAAAAAAAAAACACUGCACAAACUCACCAGAAAGCUCAAAAACAAAGAGGAUCACAUUUUAGAGCAAGGUAUUGAUUGCUGAGCAGAAGUUCACAAACGACAUGGGCCCGUUAUCGGUAAUGAGUUGAUUCAUUACUGAAACCCUAAGUUUGCAAACUUAGGGUUUCUAAACUUUAAAAAAAAAUGAAUUAAUCAUCCUACAGUAUAAAUCUGAAACAUCCGAAAUACGUUCCACAGGCCAUUAAUGACCAUUGAAAUGAUUUUAUUUAUUUAACUUUUCUGUUUGUUUUACAAUUCACAAAUGGUACAAAUUUGACCUGUUGGGGAUUAUCAUUGACAAUUUAAAACUCUUCAUGAAAUACAAGAUGUUGGGAACAACAAAACCUUUUAGUAAUCACAUAUUGCUCGUUUCAUCUUAAUUUUAUUGCAAGUAAGACCACAAACACACUUUUACUCCAAGGCAGACGAGGAUGUGCUCUUUCAUUAGAGUUUGUGUUUUUCAAAGAAGGAGUGAUCCACAUCCUGUCGAAGAAAAAGAUCUGAACCAGAGUUAGAAAAGAAUUUACCUAAAAUGUUUUAGGAGACUCUUUGCCUUUCGUAUAAUAAGGCAAACAUGCGAGACCCUUUUUAUGUUUCCUGUCUGUGAUUUCUACAAAAAUCUGACUGACAUGGUUGUUUUGAUGCAAUGUACCUUGUUUUCUUGUGAGUACUUUCAUCUUGAUGUCUGGAAAGUUUUCCAGUCGAGAAAAACACGGAAACAAAUGGCACCAUCACUCUUGAGAUAAUAUCACUGCUUUAACAUUGUGAGCUGGUUGGCAAGCCAGAAGCAAUUUAAUUUUUCUUUUUUCUUCUUAGUUUUAAAUAUGUGUAUUGAUACCAUGACACCUUGAAACUGUGGUAUUCAUACUCAAGGUUAUCCAACCAUGAGAAUCUCCUACCAGCCCAUUUCUAGUCUAUAGCAGCUAUGGUUGAGAAAUACAUAUCCGCAGCAUACACUGUGCUCCGCUGUAAAACAGACAUUAAUCUGUGUACGUAGGUUAAAACAAACCAGUUUCUUUUUCCAGAACUCAACUUCAGCUUCAAAACCUAUCCGAUUCAAUAAACUGUCUUUGUGCGUUUCCCAGCAGCAGUGGCUACAGCUUCAAAAGCUACUAGCUACUCACAUGAACACGAAACUCCAAACAUCAUCGAAGCAAAACUCGAGCAUUUCUUGUUCAUUUUUUCAAAUUUCUUUCAUGAAUCUGUUCUUUAUUCUGAAAAGUUUACUCGUGCUUGUUUUGUUCUUCUUGGCUUUUCUGAUUCGACAAAGUUCUGAAAUAUUACCAAAUUUAAUUUAUUUAUGACUUUGCAUAUUUAUUCAUUUGUAUUUUUUAUUUUUGUACAGUGUUUUCUUCUUUUUUUUUGUUUGUUUGUUUAUUUCCAUUUUCUCUUCUUGAGAAUGUUUGUAAUAUUUUUAUGGUCCUUGCUAGUGUUGUUUCCCCGAUAGAUGCCUCAGACUUGUUGGAGGGUUUUGUUCGCAUAUGACGAACCGAAAAAUGACCCAACAAAACAAUUACUGGACCAACUGAUAACUGUGUUUGCUGAGCAAGAUCCAGGAUCUGAGAACAAACUGGCUGAAAUACUGUAUGUAAUAAAUGUGGAACAAAAGGAAAACAUACAAAAAAAUUGGCUGUGUAUAAGACAAAACUCUAAACACUACAUUUAGUAUUUGGACAUAAAUGUUCACAUGGAUUUUAAGAGACAUUUUUCUGAAUCUAAACUUAUGUCCUGGAUCUAAAAUAAAAAAAAUUUAAAAAAAUCAGCAGGGGAAAGAAAGCAACUUCAUCAGAUGCUUUUUAUUCCAUAUUUCACCACAUCUUGAGCUGUUUUGUCGUCCCGUGAUGCCAACAAGUCUCCUCCGUGAUAAACUUUCCAGCUCGGCUUUUGCUGUGAAGACUGACCUGCUCACUAGUUUUACAGCUUUUUACUUGAAUUUACAUAUUUAUUAAUACGAAGCAGUUUGAGCGAGCAAGCUGAGCCGACUGUCUGAAUUCCAGGUUAACAGAAGACAAGGUAUAUAAAAAAACAAAAACAAAGGAAAAUUGUCUCCUGACUUUAAGGAUGUUCUCUGUUCCAAGCCUGUUGAGCAGAUGAUCAGUGCUUCAUGAGGAUGGAUCACCGUUUUACAUGUUUUUGUUUGUUUCAUUUGACUUUGUAAAUAAAAGAAACAUGCUCUAAAUA